UCAUUCUCAUUGGCGUUCCCUUCCCACCAUUCGCAGCGUUCAGUGCAGUGCGGUUGUGGCCAGUGGUGGUUGUUUCGUUCGAUUGCUGCUGCGCUUUUUCUCGGUCAUUGUGUUUCGGCUUGUCUAUUGAUUCGUUAUUUCAUUCAGAAAACAAGUUCCGAAAGAAUAGUGCGGCUCAAAGUGGUUAGACGUCUCAAUAUCACGGUUACCUGUGUUUAGGGGUAACACCUUUAUUUCCAUCUCCGAUAAAUAUAAACCUGCCUGUGGACAAGAGAAAAAAAAUCUAGUUUCGAAAGGGAAAAGCUGCUGCUGGUGUUUUGCUGUCCACUACGAGCGGACAAUAUAUCGAGCAAGGUGUUAUAGUUAUACAACAAAUAUAAUUUCUCAAGUGCCGACAAAAUUAAGUGAAUUUUUACCAACAAAUGCAGCCUCUCGAUUCCUCGAUAAGAAAAGUGUUAUAUUUUCGAAGAAACAAACCUCGUCGCCGUUCGUAGUGGAUAUUUAGAUCGCUGCAGUAUUGAGAAGAUGCCAAAUUGGGAAGAAAUACGGAUGUGAUUGGCCGCAGAGCAAAAUUUCAGUGAUGGAUAUUUAAUGUGGCCAGCAGAGACGGCCCAAUUUCAUUAUCUCUCCUCACUCCGGUAAAAUGUGAACGUGUGUUUAAUUAGUUUUACGAAACCAUCCAGCAUUGAAUGACUUUGGGGGUACAACAGCCCUGGAAGCGGUGUGGGAGGACGCGUGAUUGAAAUUUCCUCAAAUCUACAGUGAAGUUCGACUGGGCGCUCCUCCGAAAGGAAUGCUCGUGAGGAUGGUGUACAAUUCCGUCCGAAACAUGACAAAGGCGAGAAAUUUUGCGUUCCUAAUCGUGGUCGCACUUUUGGUGUUUGCCAUACUUUCACUGCUGAGCAAUACCUCGUCUGCUGCCUCAGAUGACGUCAACAAAGAAUACUCAAUCGUGCCCGAAAAUGACACUAUGGCGGUGUGCUUCGAAAGCUUGCAAGACACCCGCAAACUAUUGUACAGCUCCACAGACAACGAUAACGACAUUGAACCAGAGCCGAUCAUCUACUUUGUAACGCCAACCUAUCCCCGGAGGGAACAGAUUGCGGAAAUCACCCGUCUCGGUCAGACACUGAUGCACAUUCCCUAUCUGCACUGGAUAGUGGCAGAUGAUACGUCCGUGUGCAACAACUUCCUCAACAAUUUGCUUAAAAAAUUUGGCAUUCCCUAUACACACAUUGCCAGCCCGAUGCCCGAGUUUUAUCGCACCAAGAAGCUUGUUCCUCGUGGUGUAGCCAACCGGCGAGCAGCACUAGCAUGGAUACGUAACAACAACAAGAAGACCGGUGUGCUGUACUUUGGCGACGAUGAUAACACCUUCGACUUGAAGUUGUUCAGUGAAAUUCGCAGCACGAAAAAAGUAUCCAUGUUUCCGGUAGGGCUCAUCGGUGAUUAUGCCAUCAGCACCCCGGUGGUGAAGCAUGGAAAAGUCGAUGGUUUCUUCGACUCGUGGCCUGCCAAGCGAAAGUGGCCCGUGGAUAUGGCAGGGUUUGCAGUGAAUCUGGAAUACAUGGGUCUCAGUCCCAACGUGACCAUGCCGUACAAGGCAGGCUACGAAGAGGACGAAUUCCUGAAGAGCAUUGGACUGAAAAUGCAAGAUAUCGAACCCAAAGCGAACAACUGUACCGAGAUAUUGGUGUGGCACACGCAAACUAAAAACAACAAACCACCAAAGAUACGGAUUAGUAACGGCAUACUGCGGAACAAUCAAUUCAACCUGGGGGUUCUCCUCAAGAAGCUCGAAACGAUGGGCGUGAGUCAUAUCAGUCAGUCAGAAGGAACGGCAGCACAAAUCACAAAGGAUGGCAAGUCUAAGUCAUUAAUUUCAUGGUUUAGUUAAUUUCCCCUUACCUUUCACACAUAAAACGUUUCCCUACCAAAUUGUCUCGAAAAAGACUAUCUUAUUUAGCAAAUGCAGAGAAAAACUAAAAUACAUAUUGUGCCAGAUUGAUAGACAGACAAGUGAGGAAAAUGCUUAGGAUAUUGUAAAAAAACGCAUCAGUUCAUCCCACACGCACAUUGAAGUACAUAACCAUAUUAACAUUACCUUUUGUAGAACAUAACUUGAGCCUAAAAGAAGGGCGUAUCAAAACUAGUAUUGUUAAGUAAAUCAUACAAUUCGAUGCACUUUUUGAGAUUAUCACAUACAAACACGAUCUGGGAUCGGAGACGAACAUGAUAGAUUCAUUCAUGUUACUUUAAUCAUUAAGAAGUAAUAUUAGUUUUAGUUUUGAUUAUAAGAAAUAAUCAAAUAUCAAAAAUGGAGCAAGUAGCACCAACAAAUAAAAGUUUAUUAUUAUUUCGUAGACUCGCCCGUAAGAAAAGAACUUAGAUAGUAUAGAAUUUUCCGAACAGCAUAAACGAGAAAGACAAGGACAGGGAAAAACUAUGCAAAUAGUAUAAAACUCAAUAAUAUUCAGAUAAAGUACGACUCACCCAAACAAAUUUGAUGAUAGAAACACUUCCCAAACGCGUUCGCGUAGAUAUGUUUUGCAUUGAGUUUGCUGUGAUAUUAGUUUUAUUUGUAGUGAGAUCGAGAGGAGAAAAUUACAACUAAUUGAUGAAAUCAAUUGAAUUUUUGUUCAUAAAAUGCUUUUAGUUUGAUGUAGGUUGUUUAGGCUGUGAAUUGGAAUUGAGUGUUCUAAUUUUCUUUGGCAACUACGAAUGGUUAAAAGAAAUGUGCUUUAACACCCGGUUCUUUUUUCACAUAGCGUUAUUUCAAACGGUUGCAAACAUUUUAUGCACGUAGUUAUAAGUUUUACCUCCUAGUUUCUUUUUAAUUUAAAGUAUGUUUUUCAUUGUGCAAAAACAGAAUCGGGUGUAUUGUAAAUACAGUCAUUCAGUCGAUAGGCUAAAAA